AUGGCGUCUCCCUUUACUACCCCAGUCGGCGAAGAAACCGCCGAAAUGCUCCACAUGAAGCUGAACCUCCUAGGACAAAAGCUGAUCCAACGAGAAAAAGAGCUCCAUGCGCUAACCGCAGACGUCGCCAAGAAGCUCGCCGGCAACAUUUCCAUUGCUGAGCGUGAACGACAGGAACAACGAGCCAGUGAUGCCUGUCAUCGUAUUCGCACUAUGCAGCGCGAGUACGAUGAGCUUUGGCAGCGUUGGUACAAGAUGUUGCAGCAAGAAGGGAACGUGGAUGGUAACAAGUUGGAGCUUGAGAUGAAGAAGAAUGAUGAGAUGAGGCUUGAGCAGGAGGAGCGGUGGGAGAUGCUUGAUAGGAAUGGUGAUUACUUCAAGACCCGUAGGGGCUGA